AUGGGGCAAAAAAUGGAGACAAUUGAGAAUCUUAUUUAUCGUUCUACAGAUGAGUAUUUAACACAAGAAAACUGGGCAUAUAUUAUGGAUGUGUGUGACUUUUUGAAUCAUGGAGGUGAUAUGUAUGUAGGAGUUUUUAGAAGGCUGAAAAUGCUUAUAUAUAUUAGUAAAUCUGUAAUAUUUGUGCUUCAGAAACGUUUUUCAUACAAAAAUACAAAUAUUCAGUUAUAUUCUUUAAAAGCACUCGUAAAAAAUUGCGGACCUGAUUUGCACCGAGAAAUAGGGUCUCAAGAAUUUAUAGAGACGCUUUUAAAGCUAUUUAAAGAUUCACAUACACAUUCUAUGGUCAAAGAGCGUAUAUUGUCGUUGAUUCAGCAAUGGGCAGUUGAUUUUGUAUCUGAUCCAUUUUUUCGAGUUAUAAGGCAAACAUAUGAUCAACUUAAAUCCGAAUAUAAAUAUAUCAAAAAAGAAGUAAAAGAUGAUAUGGAUGAGCUUAGAGAGAAAGAAGAAAAAGAACUUCAACUUGCAUUGGCUCUUUCUUUAGAAAAAGCCGUAGAAUGUAAAAGUCCUCAAAAAAACAUAAAAUAUAACGAAGAACAUUUUACAAGACCUAAGCAGUCUUCUUUCCCAACACCCAUAUUUAAAGUGAAAGCCUUGUAUGAUUUUCAAGCAGCUGAACCGGGUGAAUUGUCAUUCCGAAAAGGAAAUAUAAUUACUGUUUUAGAAACAACAUACAAAGACUGGUGGCGUGGAUCUUUAGACACUAUGGUGGGGAUUUUUCCUGCUAAUUAUGUUGAAAAACUUCUAGAGCCUACUCCAGAUGAACUUAGAAAAGAAAUGGAAGAUGAAAUAAAAGUUUUGUCUUUUGAAGAAAAUAUUGAGAAAUUAUUGGAAAUAUUAAGCAAUGUCGACUCAAUCGAAAAUAAUAAUAUUAUAGAAAAUGAUCAGUUUCAGAAUCUUUACCAUUUAACAUUAACGAUUCGUUCAAAACUUGUAAAACUUAUUAAGAAAUAUGCUCAAAAAAAAGAUGAUAUUAUAUCUCUUAAUGAAAGAUUUACUAGAGCCAUAAAAGAUUAUGAAAUUCUUAUGGAAAAAUCUAUGACACAUUUUAGUCAUACAUCUUCAUAUAAUUCUUCUAUUAAGGAAUAUAAUACACCAGUGUAUGACAAUUUUCAGAAACAUUCCUAUCAGUCAAAUAUUGUUAACGAAAAUGAAAAUAUAAAUAAUUCUACAGAACUAUAUUACUUAUCAGCUCUUCAUGAUCAACAUAUGCAGAACACUUCUUUUGAAAAUACAAAAAGACCUUCCUAA